GUUGCGGUCCUUGCUUGCCUUUGUGGUCUUUCAUCACCAUUAGCUACGCACUGUCUUACCUCCCUGGUAGUACUGGACAUCGACAGGUAUCUACGAUGCAUCAUCGUUGCAAGUCAAAUCAAAUCGGAAGUCAUUCCACCAGGAACACUACAUGCUGCCAAGCUACUCCUUCUCGUCGUCACUGGUCAAGCUCGUGGUCUUCAAGAAUUUGGACAACUUAUCCAGUCCCUCGCCGUCCCUGGCACCUUUCUGUAUUUGCCCCUUCAGACAGUUCACAGUGCACUGGCAAAGUCUGGUAUCCGGUCACGCCUUAAAUCGCAAGUACAGACUCAUCUAGAGCAGCAGCAGUAUAUGACAGCGUUUGGGCUGGUCUCCUGGCUGCAAGAUAUUUCCGAUGCGCCAAGUAAUGGCAAUGUGCUUGCUUUGUUGGAUGCCCACUUCCCAAUUUGGUUUUGGCUUUCGAUCUGGAGGCCAAAUGUCGAUCGUAUCAAUGCUUGGGAGCACGGUCAUCUUUCUACGUCUCAAAGGCAGAAGCUCUCAAAUAUCCUCCAGCUAGACGGUCCAGACUUGGAAACGGAGCAAUACCCAGCUCUCAGGCUUGCAGAGCCCAGAUGCUACGAGUAUGUCAAAAUCGAACCUGAAGAUCCAGAAAGCCUUGAACGUUAUCUAGACCUUCUGUACAGAGCUUGUCUUGUCGGGCCGAGCUCCGUUGAUCUCUUCAUUCAGCAGUGCGUUGAGAAGGUCGCUACUGCCGAGUUGCUAUCAAUGGUCGAUGAUGCUGUGCAGGCUGGAGACGACACGCAAUGCCAGACAUUGUUGACUUUCUCCCGUGCUCUCGCUUCACAACAUGAUGUUGCAGAUAAUGUAAAUGCCUUAAUCGAGUCUGUGUCGUCUUUGGAAUCCCUGAAGAAAUUCACACAUUACGAGCCUUUAGUGGAUCAGCUUGCCCAACGCUUGUGCCACACUAUGCAACUAGCUCAAGACGAGUUUUGCAAACAUCUUCGAUCAGGACCUGGAGACUAUAUGGGCAUGUUGGUCUAUGAACUUGGCAUGGCAAUUCUGCAAUGCCCCAAAAUUCAUUCAAAAUUACCACAAGAGUUCCUCGAAAGGAUACAUCAAUUUCCACAGCAGAAAACCUUGGAAGCAAUUUUCGAUGAGCUCCAGGAUGAUAGUCAAUAUUCAGCAUCUCACAGUUCCAGGUUCAGAUCAUAUUUACUGUCGUCACUCGGCGGGAACGGGACCAAAGAGUCCGGAUCAGUGACUUUGGCAAACGUCCAAGAAGAAAUCAAGUUCUGGAAACGGCCUCCGGACCAAUCAAGAAAAGAUCUUGCAAAGAAGUUGGGAGAGAUCUCAGGUCUAGAAUACAGUCUCUAUACGACAUGUCUCCACGCUAUGUUCAAUGAGCACGAUUUAUACAUCUCACAGAUGAAAGGAAAUAUCAUACCGGAAGAUGAAGAAACCGGGCUUAACUUUGCCAAGUAUCUCGCAUAUCGCCGCAAGCUUCAUCAGAUGCAACACCCUUGUUGGCUAUCGCUGACUGCAUCAUUGCUAAGGUCGCAGAAGGCGUCAUAUCUGCCAAGGAUGGCUGACGCAACAUCCUUCGUGGAGUGGGACAAGUUGGUAGGAGAUUUAGAAUUGCUCCUUACACCAAUUCGCGAUCAACUUCCGGAAUCUGGCCCUGGGUUGACGAGAGAGCGAAUGGUUUGGUGGAAAACAUUGUCCCAAAAUGUUGCCCCGAUCCAGUUCUUAUUGAAGAUGCAUGGCCAGCAAAGAAGUUUGCGAUGGCUCUAUUUUCCAACCUCGACAGAUCAUGUCACACCUCUACUUCAAGUCGCUUCUCAGGGUGACGAUAUGUCUUCCUUGAAUCGUCAAAUUAUCUCCUACUUGAGCCGCAAUGGUAGUAAUGCUGUCGAAGUAUGUGACUGUAUUCGACUACUACCUGGCACUUCUUCACUUGGCAGGGCGGUCUGCGAGCGCUUCCUCGCAAGGGAGGAGAUAAGCCAGUGGGCUUCAUCUGAUUUACAUAUGGUCUUUGUCGCAUGGAGAAGACACAAAUCCAUGACUACAGAAGACAUAUUUGCACUUGAGUCUGUCCGACUACUUCUCAAACUACCCUUAGCCGCACAAAUGCGUGCCAGCACUGUUCGUUUAACGAACGAGUUAUUGCAGGCGGAAUAUGAUACACUCUUCCGGGAAGCCAGAAAGCUCGAAUCACUCCGUCUUAGACUCGGACAUCAGAAUACCCAGAGAGUAACUACUAUUCUCUCGCACAUCGGUGUAGAGAACAGCGCGACUGGUCGUGUUGUGGACGAAGCAAUACCUGACGAGCUCGUGGAUGCAAUAGAUGAGAUUGGAGACAAUGAAUUUGAACUUUCUUUCGCUUUGACAAGCCUCAGUAGCCUCCAACGUCAGGCUCGAGGUAUACACAACGACUCCCGUAUGCUUCUAGUUCGUCUUUCCCUCCAAGGCGAUCCACAAUUCUGUAUCCAUUUCUCUCCAGACGACGAAGGACGAGACCGACAUAAAUACUGGCGCCCGAAAGACAGUCAGGAGCCAGCCACAACGUCAUGUACGACGAAACCAACUUUGUUCACAUACUACCUCGGCCGCAAUCUUCACUACCUCCUACGAUCUGGCAACUCCUCCUUGCAAACAAUCUACAACUCUAUUCAAACCCUGGUCACUGCACAGCCUACCGCUUGUCUCGUGUGUGCCAGUAAAGUCGGCACAAACUUAUGGAAGCCAGCAACCUGCUCCAAAAAAUGCUCCAAGAAAUUCCGAAAAGCUCCUCUUGAAGUUAGACUUCAUAAUCUAUUAGUCGAUCCCGCCGCAAUCGAUCUUCUUCUCACUUCCAUCUAUGCUGCCGCAUCCGAUACUUCCACCCUUGAUCUCUUACCUGGCUGCCCCGUCCCAAAAAAUAAGGUAGCUGCAGUCAUCGACACCCUCCCAGCAUUGGCUACUUUUCAAACAGCAAGCAAUCUAAAAAUAGCCAUCCAAGGAACCGAUGGUCUUGGGAAAGACCGCGAAGAUCUACUGUCAUGGCUUUGUCUCAAAUUCAGAGGCUUCAUACUCAGUGCUCAAAGCAGCUUUCGAGUUCCUAGCAUGCCAAAUACCCAGCAAUUCCUCAUGCUCAAUUCGAAUCAUGAAAGAGAAGCGCUUUUCAACUCAAAGAGCCCAUCAGGAGGGAGUGGUCGUGUGAUAUUCCAUGGCACCCAAGUCUCACGAAUGUUCUUAAUCCUCUCUGAAGGUUUGAAAGUAAUGAGCAAUACACCCUUCAUGUUGACUGGCGCUGCCAGAGGUGUUGGCAUCUACUGCGGAGACGAUCAAGCGACCUCUCUGAAUUAUGCUGGUAUGACGGGUACAAGUUGGAAGAACAGUGCUCUAGGCAAUAUGAGACUGAUGAUGGGCUGUGAGCUGGCGUCAACUGCACCAUCGGCAACAGGCACCUACCACGUGGUUUCCGACGAGAAUUCUCUACAAAUCCGU